CCCAAUCGAGCGCCGAGCUCCCAAGCUGCUAGGCAUUGCGGCGCGAUUGAGCGAGCUAUCGAUAAGGUCCCAUUCAUCCCCCCCCCCGGAAGUGAAGGGGAAAAAAGGAGAACAGCAGGGAGGGAAGCGCGCAGGGCGGCCGGAGGAGUCGGGGAAGAGCUCCUGGCCCUGCAAGGAGGAAGGCUGAGCUGGGCUCCUGGGCUGCUCUGAGGCCGUGUUUCCGCCGCAGAUUCCCAGUGGUGGUGGCUGGAUCCCAGCUGCAGGAAGGAUGUUUCAUGGAAUCCCAGCAACCCCUGGGAUGGGCGCCCCUGGGAAUAAGCCGGAGCUCUACGAGGAAGUGAAGCUCUACAAGAACGCCCGGGAGCGCGAGAAGUAUGACAACAUGGCCGAGCUCUUUGCUGUGGUGAAGACGAUGCAAGCGCUGGAGAAAGCUUACAUCAAGGACUGUGUCACCCCCAGCGAGUACACGGCGGCCUGCUCCCGCCUCCUCGUCCAGUACAAGGCUGCAUUCAAGCAGGUGCAGGGCUUGGAGAUCAACUCCAUUGACGACUUCUGCCGCAGGUUUCGGCUGGAUUGCCCGCUGGCCAUGGAGAGGAUCAAGGAAGACCGGCCCAUCACCAUCAAGGAUGACAAGGGCAACCUGAACCGCUGCAUUGCAGACAUUGUGUCGCUCUUUAUCACAGUGAUGGACAAACUGCGCUUGGAAAUCCGGGCGAUGGACGAGAUCCAGCCUGACCUCCGGGAGCUGAUGGAGACCAUGAACCGCAUGAGCCACUUGCCCCCCGACUUUGAGGGGCGACAGAAAGUGACCCAGUGGCUGCAGACCCUGAGUGGGAUGUCGGCUUCCGAUGAGCUGGACGACUCUCAAGUCCGGCAGAUGCUCUUUGACUUGGAGUCGGCCUACAACGCCUUCAACCGCUUCCUGCACUCCUGAGGAGGACCCCGGGCUGGCCCCGCCCCUCUCGCCAUGGAAAGCAGCUUUGCCGGCACAGAAGGCUGCCCCCCCCCGGUGAAGGCCCCCCCUCUCCUCUGGCCCUGCUGGGAAUUCAAGGACGCUGCUUCUUCUGGGCUAAGCUCCAUGGGAGGGAGGGAGGAAGAGGCCAUUCACAGCAGUGCCCGCUGCCUUCCCCAGAGCCCUCACCCGGUGCAGCCUCUGCCGGGCCGGCAGCUGGCACUCACGGGGGCCUCAGAGAAGGCCGGGCCGAAGCAAAUAAACCCCCUUUCCCCACUA